UACAUUUUAUCUUACUAACAUGUAUAGCCAUGACAUUUAGUAUUAAAGUCAUCAGUUUAAAGUUUAUCUUUGUACAUAUCGGUGGAAUAUUUUAAUUUUAAUUUUUGUUUUACUAAUACGACUUGUUCACAUUGGAAACAAUAUUUUGCUUGAAAACUGAAUUUAAGAACACCAAUUAACAGCACAUUUUGAUAGAAUGGAUCAAGAUAUAUUCUUUAUUGGAGUAGAUGUUGGAUCUGGAAGUGUUCGUGCAGCCCUUGUUGAUGAAAAGGGGAGUGUAAUAAGAAGUUCUGUAAAAAAUCUUAAAACCUGGAAACAUAAACCUGGUUUUUAUGAACAAUCAUCAGAUGAUGUGUGGCAAUGCUGUGAAUAUGUCAUCAAGGAUAUUUUAACAAGUAUUAAGCCUCAACAAAUAAAAGGAUUAGGAUUUGAUGCAACUUGUUCUUUAGUUGCACUAGAUGGUAAUGGUAACUCUAUAAGUAUAAGUGAAACAGGUAAUAAUGACCAAAAUAUAAUUAUGUGGAUGGAUCACAGGGCACAUGAAGAAGCAAAUUUAAUAAAUAAAACUGGACAUGAAAUACUCAAAUAUGUGGGAGGUAAAGUAAGCUUAGAAAUGGAAAUACCUAAACUACUCUGGAUGAAGAAACAUUUACCUCAAGUGUGGUCAAAAUGUGGAUAUUUCUUUGAUUUACCCGAUUUUCUUACUUGGAAAGCAACUGGUUCACAGACACGGUCAUUAUGUUCAUUGGUGUGUAAAUGGAACUAUGAAUGUUUAUCAAGUGGUGAACAUGGCUGGAAUGCCAAUUUUUUAAAUGAGGUAGGGCUUGGUGAUUUAGUGGAAAAUGACUUUGUUAAAAUUGGCAAGAAAGUUUUAAUGCCAGGUGAAUUUUGUGGGGGCUUGUUACCUAAUGUUGCAACAGCCUUGGGAUUGCUAGUAAAUACACCAGUGGCAACAUCUAUUAUAGAUGCCCAUGCUGGUGGAUUAGGAAUGAUUGGAACUGUGGGAGAAAACAUUGAUAGUAAAAUGUCAAGUCGUCUUAGUUUAAUUUGUGGUACCUCUACAUGUCAUAUGGCAGUAAAUAAAAAUCCCAUAAUGGUAAAUGGAAUAUGGGGACCAUAUUUCAGUGCGAUGGUGCCUAACAUGUGGUUAAAUGAGGCAGGACAAAGUGCCUCUGGAAUGCUCAUAGAUCAUGUAAUAUCAAGCCAUCCUGCUGGAAUUGAAUUAUUGAAAACAUAUUCUACUGGAAAUCUUCGGAACCAUUUAAGACAGGUGCUUAGUAAAAUGGCAAAAGGCAAAGGCUAUCAAGAUGUAAGUUUACUAACCAGAGAUUUCCACAUGUGGCCCGAUUUUCACGGAAAUCGAUCUCCACUAGCAGAUCCCACCUUAGCUGGAACAAUUGUGGGUCUGAAAAUUGAUAAUAGUGAAGAAAAUUUAGCACUCCUCUAUCUAGCUACUCUGCAAGCUCUUUCUUAUGGAACAAGACAUAUUAUUGAAGCACUAAUGCUGGCUGGAUAUGAACCAUUUAAAUCACUAUUAAUUUGUGGAGGUUUAGCUAAAGAUCCUCUGUUCAUUCAAAUACAAGCUGACGCAGUUGGAUUACCUAUUUUGAAGCCGCUUGAAAAAGAGUCAGUUUUAGUUGGCUCUGCUAUAUUAGGUGCAUGUGCAUCCCAAUAUUUUAAUAACAUUCAAACAGCAAUUCAGAAUAUGGGUGGUAAAUCUCAUGUCAUACAACCUAGUUUAAGUAUAAAAUCAUUUCAUGACAAGAAGUUUAAAGUUUUUAUUCAACUGUUUCAAGAUCAGAUAAAGUAUAGAAACAUAAUGAACUAAGGUGUAACAUUAAUUAUAAUUGCUAUAAUGUUGGUAGGAAUAAAAUUCAUAAUAUCUUGUUA